GUGCUGUCAGUUAUCACUCAAAGUCACAUGUCAUUUAGGAUAUCACUGUCCAAAGUUUUUUGGAAAUGAGAAUGAGAAUUGAACACCGGUUCCUCGUGUUAUUUUAUGAAGAAAAAUUACUGGAAGAUUCUUAACAAAGGCGUGGGAAGUGCAUUUAAAAUUAUAUGAAAAUUUCUGUUAUCAGUAAGCUUCCCUUAUUAUUUGGUUUGUGGUGAAACAAACGAACUACACAUUUUGAAGUUUCAAAGUUAUGCUUAAAGUCUUUUUAUUUCUUCAAUAUCUACUAAAUAAUAUUGUUAAUUACGUUUUCAUUAAACCAGUAUCUUUAAAAAAGAAAUAUUGUUUCUAAUAAACUUGGAAUUAUUUGUUGUCAAAAUCAAAAUGUUGAGAGUUGGACAAAUUUUACAAGGCACUUCUGUUAAACUUAACAUCUCAAGAACGUCUACGUCUAGUCAAUCAAUAUUUAAUGGAAUAUUAUCUAAACCAAGUAUUUGCAGUUCAAUAAGAUUAUAUAGCAAAAAAAGCACCGAGGUUGGAAAGGUACCUUCUAUUAAAGAUUCCAUUCCCAAAAAUUUAAUAGAUGAGGUGACUGCUUCUAGAGAUCAGAAAAAAGAUGAUUCUAAUAAAAGUAGAAAUAAAUCUUUAUUAUGGGGAAUGUUAUUUACUGCAUUUACCUUAGGAACAAUCUGGUUUGUGCGCCCAACCUCUAAUAAAAAAGAAGUCAAAAAUGUAGUAAAUGAAAAAAAAGGGAGAGCUGUUCAAAAGCAUCCACAAAAUUCUGAAGAAAUUCCAAAAGAUGUGCCUUACCUUUUGAUUGGAGGGGGAACUGCAUCAUUUACUGCAUUUCGUGCUAUUAAGUCAGCAGACCCAACUGCUAAGGUGCUCAUAAUUUCUAAUGAAAACUUCUACCCAUAUAUGAGACCACCAUUAUCAAAAGAAAUUUGGUUUAAUGAUGACAAGGAAUCUGUUAAAAAACAUAUAUUUAAGCAAUGGAAUGGGUCAGAAAGAAGUUUGUUUUAUGAACCUGAAGACUUUUAUAUAGAUUGUGGUUCACUAAUGAAAGCUUCAAAUGGUGGGGUAUCUGUUGCUAGGGGCUGGGCAGUUACCAAACUAGAUGUAAAUAAUAAAUAUGCCAUGCUGGAUGAUGGGACACAAAUACAUUUUAACAAAUGCCUAAUAGCUACAGGUGCAAAACCAAAAUUAUCUUCCGUAUUUGAAGCAGCUAAAUCUGAUAUAAAAACGGCAAACCGUGUAAAAAUGUAUAGGGAUAUUUAUGAUUUUGAAGAAGCUCAUGACAUGUUUGAAAAAGCUACAGAUGUUGCUAUUAUAGGAGGAGGAUUUUUAGGUAGUGAACUGGCUUGCGCCAUGUCUAGAACAGAUAAAAAUAAUGAAAAGAAGGUAUACCAAAUCUUCAAAGAAACAGGUAACAUGGGUAAAAUACUCCCAGAGUACUUAUCUGCCUGGACUACAAACAAAGUAAAAAGUGAAGGUGUUCAAGUUAUUUCAGAGACUGAAGUUGUAGAAGUUAAAGAAAAAGAUAAUAAACUACAACUAACUUUAAACAACGGAAAAUCGUUACUUGUCGAUUUUGCUUUGGUGGCAAUUGGAUCAACUCCCAACACUGAACUGGCAAAAGAUUCUGGAUUGGAAGUUGAUCCAGAAUUAGGUGGUUAUUUAGUCAAUACAGAAUUACAAGCCAGGACAGAUGUGUAUAUCGCCGGCGAUUGCGCAUGCUUCUACGACACAAAACUCGGUAGACGACGUUUCGAACAUCACGAUCAUGCCGUCGUUACGGGCAGGCUGGCUGGCGAGAAUAUGACGGGCGCCAGGAAACCGUACCUUCAUCAAAGCAUGUUUUGGUCCGAUUUGGGACCCGACGUGGGUUACGAAGCGAUUGGUAUUGUAGACGCUAAUCUUCCUACCGUCGCGGUUUUCGCAAAAGCGACCGCGAAGGACAGUCCCAAAACAUCUGCGUCGGAUUCGAAUGAACAGGUGUCUCCCGAAGGAACAGAAAAAGAAAAAUCUGAGAAGCUCGCGAACGUUUCGCAUCAAUUAGAUCCAUCAGAAGGCGAAGAUUUCGGAAAAGGGGUGGUGUUUUAUUUAAAGGACGAUGUUGUAGUGGGUAUAGUAUUGUGGAACGUUUUCAAUAGAAUGGGCGUGGCUCGUCAAGUACUUCUAGACCAUAGAAAGUACGAUGAUCUAAACGAGGUGGCGAAAUUGUUUACUAUUCACGAGGAAUAAAUGGGAAUUUAGGACUUAAAAAAGUGUUAAGUGCUGAAUAUUACUUUUAAGUUGUCAAAUUGUAUUAUUGCUACUUGCCUGUGUAAUAAAUUUUUAGGUAAUUGGAGCGUGAUUUUUGAUGAGUACAGAUUGUGGACUUUUUUUAUUUAAUAAUUUUUCUAAAAUGAUACUCUAGUACCUAUAUAUCGUUUGUUAAUAAAAUUGAUAAAUACA